UUAUCUAUUCAUUAUCAAUGUGUCAAUAAGUGAGAUUUCAGAAAUUGCAAAUGAGCUUUAAAUUUGUUAAUUAUUUAAAUGUGAUAUUGAACCUUAGACAUACGUAUAUCUUUAUUAAUUAGUUACAAUUUAUCGUUCAGUUUUCUUUAUUUGCUGCUUCACGAUAUGUUGAAAAGAGGUUUCAAGAUAGCCUUGAUACAGAUGUCAGUUGGUCCUGACAAAACAAAAAAUGUAGCUAAAGCAGUCACCGAGAUUCACAAAGCAAAAGAGUGCGGCGCACACAUAGUUGCUCUCCCAGAAUGUUUCAACUCCCCAUAUGGAACAAAAUACUUCGACGAAUACGCCGAGGAAGUACCGUCCGGCGUGACAUGCCGCGCGCUGUCCCGCGCCGCGGCGGAGGCCGGCGUGUGCGUAGUCGGCGGCACGGUUCCCGAGCGGUGCGGGGACAAACUCUACAACACGUGCACGGUGUGGGACGGGACGGGCAAGUUGCUGGCCCAGCAUAGGAAGAUGCAUUUAUUCGACAUAGAUAUUCCAAAUAAGAUAACAUUCAAGGAAUCCGAAGUUCUCAGUCCUGGAAAUCAGUUAACGACCUUUGAGUAUAACGGAGUGAAGAUAGGAAUCGGCAUCUGCUAUGAUCUUAGGUUCCCAGAGAUGGCUCAUCUAAUGUCUAAACAGGGCUGUUCAAUGUUAAUAUACCCGGGCGCGUUCAACACGACAACGGGGCCCAAGCACUGGGAAUUGCUAGCAAGGUCGCGGGCGACGGACCAGCAGCUGUGGGUCGCGCUCGUGAGCCCCGCCCGGGACACGACCGCGGGGUACGUGGCCUGGGGGCACUCGCUGCUCGUGGACCCGUGGGGCAGCGUGCUGGGGGCACUGGAUGAGACGGAGGGGACAUUGGUGCACGAUGUCGAUUUAACUGUAGUCGAAGAGGUGAGGAGCCAAAUCCCAAUCAGAGUUCAACGGAGGACAGAUCUCUAUGACACCAUACAAAAGUGUUAAAUCCAAAGCCUUAUAACUUGUCUCAAUUAAUUAUAGAAUCGAAAGUGCGAGCGAGAGAGCAAGCCAUUAAAAACCAUCGCGUGAAAGAGAUGCACUUAGUGAUUAUUAUCUAUUUGCAUAGAUUAUACCAGAUGUAUAUUUUGUUAUUCUUUAUACAUAUUUUUAGUGGUCGGGAUACUUAUAUAUAGAAAUCCCAUUAUAAAUAUACAAGAAAAGCAAUA